GUCCAUUAUUUUUAGGAACGGUAUGAUUUUACUAAUUUUGCUAACUUAAGAUUAUCAGGUGACAGUGCUAGGUUCUGAGUAGCAUUCAUUCACAAUGACUAGUAAACAGAUGUUUCGUCGGGUGAUACCGUGGCUGAGUUUAAGAGGAUUUCAGUGUGUUAGGAAAAUGACUCCACUGAUAAGUGUAAACAAAUUGGUACCCGACCAUUUGUGCUUUAUCAGUCCAGUGCAGUUGGGACAGAGUAUGUGUACAGCCAAAGCCAAAUUUGAAUGCAUCAAUAUCCAAGAUGACGCAGACUUUCAGAAGCGCGUAGUCCAGAACAAAAAACCUGUUGUUGUUGACUUCCAUGCUUCAUGGUGUGGUCCUUGUAAACUUCUUGGUCCACGUCUAGAAGCUAUUUUGUCAAAACAGGCUGGGAAAGUUGUCCUUGCGAAGGUGGAUAUAGACGACAAUAUGGAGUUGGCAAUGCAGUUUGGAGUACAAUCAGUCCCAACUGUGAUUGGCAUGAAAAACGGCAAGCUGCAGGAAAUGUUUAUAGGUCUGCAAGAAGAUGACAUCAUAGAGACGUUUGUUGAGAAGCUUGUACAUUAGGACAUGAUAGUAGCGUUUAAUCUCAAGACUGUCAAAAGUGUUUCUUAAUAUAACAUUGAUGGAUGAAAGUAUCGGCAGGAUGGAGUGUUGACAGUGAAUAUUGACAACAGAACUCUGUUUAUAGAUUUGUAACAUAACAUUGAUGGAUGAAAGUAUUGGCAGGAAUGUGUGUUAACAAUGAAUGCCAAUAAGACAGUUCAAUCUUUAGGUUUUUAAUAUAAAUUUGAUAUAUAAAAAUUAUUGAAAAGAUAGUGCUAACAACAAAACGUGAGUUUAUAGAUUUGUAAUAUAAUAUUGAUGGAUAAAAGUAUUGAUAGGAAAGUGUUCUGUCUAGGUUUUUAAUGAACCAUAGCUGAAUGCUGGCAACAGUUUUAUUUACAAAUGUUUGAUAAACACUGAUGGACAGAAAGUUUGGUAGGACAAUGUUCUGUCUUUAGGUUUCUGAUGAAACAUUGAUAGAUUAAAAGUAUCAGCAGGAUGGUAUGUUACAGGCACGGUGGAAGCAAGUAGACCUUGGGGUGGGGGGAGGGGCUGGGGAGAGCUGACUGAGAUAUGAGGUUGCAAAGCAAAGUUUCUAGGGGGUUCGGGGUAUGCUCCCCAUAACAUUUUGAAAACUAGAUGUCCUGAAAUGCAAUUUCUUGUAUUCUACAAGUAAAAUUCAUCUGCCUUAAGAUUUACUACUAGUAAUGUUUUUGAUAAGGAAUUAGAACUAGAGCCCCCCCUACACACACACACACACUCCCCUCCCAGCUCCCCUGAUCCGGUGUUGCCUGUGUUAACAGUGAAUGCUAGCAGCACACUGUCGUAGGAAGAGGGGAGGGGGGUGGGAAAGGUCACUUUUCAGAUAUUUUGCUUUAUAAUAGUGUAAAAGUGUGUAAAUAUAAAAGUGCCCCCCCCCCCCCCCCCCCCACACACACACACACACUUUUUGGCACCUUCCUACCCUUGUGCAGCAGAGUUCUGUUUACAAGUUUUUGAUAAACACUGAUGGAGAGAAGUUUUGGCAGAAUGGUGUGUUAGCUAACAAUACUGAACCAAGCCUCUUUCUAUGUGUGUGUUAUACUCUUAUGUUUGAACUAGAUGUCCAGUAGAUUUGCAUUCCAUCUUACAUAGUACUUUUUACAUUACUGUGUUGCAGGACUUGAAAUAGGAAGUAAAAUAUUGCCUGCUGUUAUUAUUAUAUUUUUUUAAUAGUAGGUCAAAAGAUAUAUGGUUUGCAAAGAAAAAAUAUGGGCUGCUGGAAUUUAUACAGCAUGGGGUGAGGGGAGGGUUUGGAAUAAUGAGUGAAAAAAUGGAACCUCUGAAAUAUAUUUUAAAGCAUUAUUAUUAUUUGUUUUUUUAACAGAUGGACUUCUAUUUCACCUGGGGCUAGGUCUAAAACAAAUGGACUGAUUUUUGCUUUAUGCAGGCCACUAUUUCAGUGGCAGAUCUAGAAAAUAAUAAGGGGGUUGCUGGAUUGGGAUAGAGUGAACUGGUGUGGGCUGAGCCAUGGUGAAGGUUUUGAAGGCAAAGCCCCCUGAAGUUUUGGCAUUCUGGACAUUUUAGAGCCUUAUUUCACUGAUUUCUGGGGAUCUAAUUCUAAUUAAUAAUUCAAUUUUUUGCCGUUUUCCUGAUUAUCGCCAAAAUUAUAGAAAACAAUUUAAUUUUGUCCAUAUCAAUGCAAGCCAUACUCGGUUCAGUUAUACACCUGAUUGACAACAGGCAUAUUAUUAUAUAUAUGAACUUGCCUGCAGGGAAAUCUUGCAAAAAUAGACUGGCAGGUGCGCUUUCAUCAGUGAAACCGAUAACAUUAAGCUUACGGUAAAGAUAACAUUAAAUGUCACAGAUACAAAUGUAAUAUUUUGUCUGUGACGUCAUAUAAUGUAUUUAAAAUGGCAAAUGUCGAUCAAUACAGCGACUGUGAUUAAUUCGUAAAAUUCAUUAAAUAUCUUUGGAAUGAACUUUAAGAAAAAAUUGCCCAGGAAGGGAGUGGGUGGCUAGCCACCCUAUUCACCCCCUGGAUCCGCCACUGUAUUUCUCAUUCAAGUAUAUAUUUCAUGUUCAGAAUAUUUUUGUAUGCCUGGUAAAAGGUAAAGUGACUGCUACAGACAUUAGCACAUGACUGCAAAAACCGAUAAGGAGAAACUGGUAUUCUAAACAAGAAAAUUAAGUUAAUAUAUACAUGUACCAUACCUUUAAUCACUAAAACGUCUCAGAGCCUCUGUUAGUCAGAAACAUUUUACAAUGACUGAAAACUCAGGACAGUCCCCUUACACUUUACAGUGGGUCUUCACGAAUCAUUGAAUACUUGAAACUUAGAACAGUACCUGUAUAUGACAUUUAAAAAAAUAUUAUGGUAAAUGAUUAUCAUUUACUUUCUUUUUCUUUUUAAUUUUUUUUUUUUUUUUUUUAAUUAAAGGUAUGUCAUUAUUAUUUAUAUUUGUUUGGGUGAGGGGAGUUUACAAAACUUGUUGACUUUGAGAUGGGACAUGGCUAGUGUUUCUGGCAGAAAGAAAUUUUUGGGUAUGGCACUAUGGAAUUGAAUGCAACCACAGAAAGAAAAUGGGUUAAGUUUAGGGUUAGAGUUAAGAAACUAGUACAGUAAUGAUAAGAGUAAUUGAUUUCAUCAAAAGUUAACUUUAAAAAAUUUAAUCUGCCAAAAAGUAUGGGUAUGGCGCCAUACCCAUUUUACCCUCUGGCAGAAAUCCUGAUGGCUGAAUCCAAGCUUUGUGAUGACAGGGUGACUAAAGGGUAUGGAAACAAAAUUAGCUUUACAAUAGUCUCUUCUCCCUUUAUUAUUGACGCGCAAAGGAACUUUAGUGUGUUAUUAAAUAAAACAUUCUUUCCUUCCUUUACAAACAAACAAUAUUGAUAACUAGGCAUGGAUUUUCAGCCUGUUUUGCGGGCUGCCUUUGUGAAUUAUGUAACCAAAUUAAAAAGUACUGUAGUUGGAUAAACGAAGAACUUGAGGGGUUUCAGAAGACACUUCAUAAUUACCACUACACUGGUCACAUCACAAGGUGUAUUCAGGUAGGGGGUAAUUACCAACAUUUAGAAAUCAAAUAUCAUGAUUACAAUUGUUAAAGUGUGGAACACAGACUAAUGAUCAUUGCAUAUGGUUCUACUGUAUAUAUAUGAUUGUUAUAUACCUUAACAGAAGCCAUGUAUGUAGGACCAUGCAGUCAGAAGGGAUGGGGCAAUUAUGUUGGCAAGAAGUAGUGUAGAGUGAGACAUUUGGCCACGGCUUUUAUCUGAAACAAGGCAUUUCCUUUUUGUUUAUUUUGCAGUUUUUAAACUUUUGUAUCUUAGAUUAAAAGGCAAGAGUUCAGCUUCAUGUUAUUGCAAAGAUAAGACUCCCAAAACCAUGGGUCUUUAAGUUCAUAAGUUUAAUAAGUAAGGGCCAUCAUCAAAUGUCUUAUGGCAGUCGUUACGUCACAAAUAUCAAGAUAAUUUUAUGACUAACCAUAAAUGGAUAGUCCCUAAACUCGUAAAAUGCCAGAACUUAUGGAAAUAAUUAAAACUGAACAAUGAAGCCUAUAAUACUCAGAAAUUUAAUUUUUUGAUUUGUAUAACAAUUAUUUUUCAGUUAACUUUAUAAUAAAGUUAUGAACUAAGAACUAUACACUUUAAAUCUAUAUUACUGUAUACUUUGUAUUGCCUAUUGCAAGUAAAAAGUGAUAUUCACGUAAGUGCCGCAAAGUGUCUUGCAAGAUACCUAUUCUAAAUGUUCCAAACUUUAUCCAAAAGCAAAGACGCCUUGUAUACGAAAUUAUUUUUAAUGUUUUCAGUACAUACACUAUACAGAAAAUCAUACAUAUUAUGUCACUAUUCAAGAGAAAAAUCAUAUGAACAUCACAAUUCAAGAUAGGUAACUCUUGGUCCUUUAUAUUCUUUUUGGCCAAAAAGCAAUCAUAAUGCAGUAUUUUAAUUUUUAAAAAUUUGUAUAAAAUUGAAAUAGCCUUUAUUGGAAAUGAAAACAUACAUAAUUAUGACAUCUUAUAUUUGACAACAACUUGGCAAGACGUUUUUCAUCUGGUUUUAAAUUUUAUUUUAUUAUAACGUUAACCAAUAAGCUGAAUUUAAUUUUUGGGUAUUGAUCAUAGGAAAUGUGGGUUAAAAAAAAAACCCAAUGUACUAGUAUGUGUAAAUGAUUUUGUCCAAGUUUUUGUUGUACAGUUACAGUUAUGUCUUUUAAAAUAUGCCGUGUGUGUUUUUACUAAAUGACUCGGGCAAUUACCCGUAUGUUCAAGAAUUAAAUGUGUUUUUGUCACAAUCUUGCCAAAUGUGAUUUUUGUGCUGUUAAGAGAAGUGGAAUUUAAUAAAGAUUUCACAUUUUACAGGGUUCAUACAGAUUUGAAGUGUUUGAAUUUGAGUGAUUUAAAAAAAAAUACAUAACAAGUGUUUGAAUUUUUUUUAUAAAGGUUCGUGAAUUGAUAAUUUUUGCAGAUAUGAAUAUUAAAAUUUACCUUCCUCAAGUUUAUUUUCUCGUAAUUCAAAAAUUUGUUAGACGGUAUUAUUUAAUUAUUUAUUUUUUUGAAUUUUUUUUACCUUCCUUGAGUUUAUUUUCUCGUAAUUAAAAAAUUUGUCAGCCAGUAUUAUUGACAAUUUUUAUUAGUUGGUCAUCGUUGUUUUAUCACAAAUGUCGAACAUUGUUGGAGAUGCUGUUACGAAUACUGAUAAAAAUAUAUAUGGCAAAGUGUUAACAAUUGCAUAAGCCUUUGAAACCUGUAAAUUUAUAGUGGAAAAUGCUUAAAAAGUGCUUGAAUUUUGUCUUCCAAAUUGUGUAUGAUCCUUAUUUUAGAAAGAUGGGGUGAAAUCUCAUGUGGCCAUGAUGAAUAUCAAUAAUCAAGUAUGUUAAAGUAGAGGUCACAAGUUACACACAGAGAUAUACAUUUAUUUCAUACUCCACUGGUCAGGUUACAGUAAAGUAAUCCAUCACUUUAUUGGUUAGUAUUUUCAUAAAUGUUUAACUAUAACCCUCAUUUUAUUGGGAGUGUAUUUUCAAAGGUUGAUACAACCGAUUACUUGACUGGAUAGUGUUUUCCUAAAGAUUGAUAUAAUCCAUUUUUUUUAUUAGAUAGUAUUUUCUUCAUGAUGAUAUAACCCAUUUAAUGAUUGCUUAGUUCUAACAGUUAUUAUUCAACAACCAUGUCAGUACUAUAUAAUGUAGUAAUAAUGUAAUAAUUAUAAUGUCUUCACAAUUUGGGAAAGUUCAUUUUAUCAGGAUGGGUACCCGAGGAGCUUAAUGCAUAGUAUUGAAUCCCCUCACAUAUUAAUAUAUCAAAGUCCAUGGUAUGUGCUGUCCUAUUUGUGUGAAAGUGCAUGUUAAAAAAAUCACUUCUUGCUAAUGGAAAGACUUAAGUGUCAAAAACUACCAAUAAUUAAUUCAUCAAUGUACUCUAGUGGUGUUGUUAAACAAAACAAUGUUACUUUAUAAAGUUGGGAAUAAUUUUCAUUUAUCACCCAUGAAAAUUCUCCAUAAACAGCAAGUUACUACCCUUGGGUAAACCAAGUUCUAAUAUCUGGUGUUGUCGUUACAGGCUCAACAUUAACUCUGGUUUUUAGGGCCGUAGCCAGUGGAGGUGGUGGAGGGGGGGGGGGGGGGGUGGAGCAAGCUUAUGAGUGAUCCGGAAUUGAUCUUUUGAGGGUGAGAGACAGUCCCAUAAUUAGUACUUUUUGUCUUGUGGGUUUGCUGUAAUGUUUUUCUAUGCAUAGUUUAUGUAGCAUUUAAUUUUGUGGAUGCCAAGUAUACAGGGGUAUAAACAUAUUCUCUCACCUGCCUUGCCCCAACCCCAUCCCCAGUUGAUGCAAACAAAUCAAUCCAAACCAUGUCAAAGUGUUUUUGUUUAUUUACACCAGUUAAUUGUUUUUUGGAUGUGCUAAAAAUAUAUGUAAAAAUAAUUUGUAAUUUUAUUUUGAGAAAGAUCAUGAAAAUAAUACUGGAUAUGAAACCUAAAAUAUUGGAACAUUAAUAGUUUAUUUUAUGAAAACAGAUUUUGAAUGUGAAACCAGAAACUUUGUGAGUAGUUUUUAAUGUUUUUGUUGAAUAUUUACUUGUAUAUAAAAUUAUUAAUAACA